AUCUCAGGGGUGACUCCCUCUAGAUUCUGGACUUGCCUCCGACCGGACCCCUGCCCACCUCCUCAAACUCACACCUCCCACCAUCACUCUGAGUCCCGCUGUGAUUCCUACCCUCAAGAGGCCACCCGAUUGCCCCAGCCUAAGGAAUGGCUUUCUGAGGAGGACCCUAAAGAAGCAAGUCUGGCACACAGCAUGCCACGGGGCCUGGCUGCUCCCUUACUCCUGCUGAUCCUCCAGGGAGCUUGGAGCUGCCCGGACCUCAGCUGCCACACUGACUACCUCUGGACCAUCUCUUGUGUGCUGGAGACAUGGAGCCCCCACUCCAGUAUCCUCAGUCUCACCUGGCAAGAUGAGUUCGAGGAACUGAAGGACAAGGAAACCUCCUGCCACCUGCACAAGUUGGGCCACAACGCCACACACACGUGGUACAUGUGCCACAUGCGUUUCACUCAACUCGUGCCCGAUGAUGUUUUCACUGUCAACAUGACGGAUCCAUCUGGCAACAACUCCCAAGAGUGUGGCAGCUUUGUCCUAGCUGAGAUCAUCAAGCCAGCUCCCCCUUUCAAUGUGACUGUGACCUUCUCGGGACACUAUGAUAUCUCCUGGCACUCAGAUUAUGAAGAAGCCUCCUCCUCUUCCUCCUCCUCCUCCUUCACGCUGAGGGGGAAGCUACAGUACGAGCUGCAGUAUCGGAACCUCAGGGACCCCUACGCUGUGAGGCCGGUGACCAGACUGAUCUCAGUGGACUCAAGUAACAUCUCCCUUCUCCCUGAAGAGUUCCACAAAAACUCUACCUACCAGCUGCAGGUGCGGGCAGCACCCCAGCCAGGCACUUUAUUCAAGGGGACCUGGAGUGAGUGGAGUGACCCCGUCAUCUUUCAGACCCAGGCUGAGGAGCCCGAGGCAGGCUUGGAUGCUCGCCAUCUGCUGUUCCUCUCACCUGUCUUCCUGAUUGUCUUGGCCCCUGUCCUGGUGUUCAUGGGUCUGAAGAUCUGCCUGCCUUGGAGGCUAUGGAAGAAGGUAUGGGCACCAGUGCCCAGCCCUGAGAGUUUCUUCCAGCCCCUGUACAGAGAACACAGCGGGAACUUCAAGAAAUGGGUGGAAACCCCGUUCACGGCCUCCAGCCUGGAGCUGGCACCACAGAAUCCCACGGCAACCUCCGUCCUACAUCUGUCAUCAUGUCCAGUCAAGGGGAAGAAGUUCCUGGGGCCACCAGAUCUCGAAGAACAACUGGAGUGUGAUGGAGUGUCUGAGCCUGGCCACUGGGGCACAGUCCUUUUGGCAGCUGGCCAGGGAGUCUCACCCUACAGCGAGGAGGGAGACCGACCAUAUGGUCUGGUGUCCAUUGACACAGUGACUGUGGGGGAUGCUGAGGGCCCAUGUGCCUGGCCCUGUAGCUGUGAAGAUGAUGGUUACCCAGCCCUGAACCUGGAUGCUGGCCCAGAGUCUGGCCCUAGUGCAAAGGAUCUGCUCUUGGUCUCAGGCACCACUUUUCUGUCAUGUGGCUGUGUCUCAGGUGGAGGCCUCAGGCUGGGAGGCUCCCCAGGCAGCCUCCUGGACAGGUUGAGGCUACCCCUUGCUGAGGAAAGGGACAGGACAGUAGGCCCACUCUGGAGGACUGGGUGUCCAGGAGGGAGCUCUGAGAGUGAAGCAGGCUCACCCCCUGGCCUGGAUAUGGACACUUUUGACAGCGGCUUUGCAGGUUCAGACUGUGGCAGCCCUGUGGAGAGUGAUGAAGGGCCGCCUCGCAGCUAUCUCCGCCAGUGGGUGAUCAGGACCCCUACACCUGUAGACACUGGAGCCCAGGGCAGCUAGCACAUAAUGUCCAGCUGUAAUGAAAAGAGGCCAGAAGUCUGUGGUCUCUGGGAGUGCCUUGGAGCCUGACAUUUACAAUGUGAAUAUGUAGGUGUGUGUGUGUGUGUGUGUGUGUGUGUGCGUGUGUGUAUGUGUGGCUUGGGUAUGCAUUAUCACAUCCAUUUGUGAGCAAUGCCUGUGCAUGCCCUGCGUUCAUUGUCAUGCUUGUGUGUGUGUACCUGAGUUCACGCGUGUACGCAUGAGUGGAGGUGUCUCUUAGACAUGAGCCUCUGACUCCUCCCCUGCAGACAUGUGGGAUGGCCACAGUCAGAGCAAGAGAUUGGUCCAGUCUGCUGCCCCAGCGGCACUAUCACCAAGCCUAACCCUACCAGGUGCCACCUCCAGGACCUAUGAAGUCCUGGGCCUUACUAUCUUUUCCCCUGGAGAAGAGGAUGGAGUAAGCCUAUAGUGCCUGUUGGAGUGGAAAGCUUUUGAGGGAACCUAGGGAUGUAGUUAUAAACCCCAGAUCUGGUGGCUCCAGGCUAUGAAGCCUGGAGAAGCCACUUCUGAGCUCUGUUCUGACUUUGCUUGCCUGAACAUUAGGAAGGGCAUGGCUGUCCUCACUUAGCCCUGUACAGUCAGUCUGCAGCCCGUGUCAGCUUCCUGCCCUUUGUGGCUUCUAAAAUCAGGUGCAUGCCUUGAGGUGGAAGAAUAUAAAAAGUCACCGGAUACCCACAGCAUGGGGACCUGUGAGGCAUCCUCCCACCAAGGGCAU